AAUGUCGUUUUAUAUUGCUGCCGAACUCCGUUCCGUCAGCACUAUACCCUCUCGCUGAAGUCUAGUAUUGUGUUUUAACAACAACAAUGCCGCCCAAGACAAGUGGUAAAGCCGCCAAGAAAUCUGGCAAAGCCCAGAAGAACAUCUCCAAAACCGACAAGAAGAAGAAGAAGCACAAGAGGAAGGAGAGCUACGCCAUCUACAUCUACAAGGUGUUGAAGCAGGUGCACCCCGACACCGGUAUCUCCAGCAAGGCCAUGUCGAUCAUGAACUCGUUCGUGAACGACAUUUUCGAGCGCAUCGCCGCCGAAGCUUCCCGUCUCGCCCACUACAACAAGAGGUCCACCAUCACAUCGAGGGAGGUCCAAACUUCCGUCAGGCUCCUGCUGCCCGGUGAGCUCGCCAAGCACGCCGUCAGUGAAGGCACCAAGGCCGUCACCAAGUACACCAGCUCUAAAUGAGCGGCCGGCAGCUAGCGAAAGCAGCCGCCGACGCCUCCUCGUGACCGCCGCGUUUGUGGACGACGUCGCCGUGUCGUGUCGUGUGUCGCCGAGCCAGUGUUUGUUGUUCGUGUGUUCCGGGUGUGUGCGCCAUGGUGUUUUGUGCGAGUGUUGAUCGAUUGCGUCGUCGU